CAUACAUUAUUUUAAAAUAUUAAUCCAUAGUAGUAUGCAACUUGUGGUGCCUUUGAAUUGAUUAUGUGGCUUGUGUAUAGCCGUUAAAGCGGUAAUGAAACAUUUUCAGCAUUCCCUAGCUCCAUUGGUUCAACUACCAUCUCAAGAGCUUAAACACAAAGGGGGAGAGAAAGGGUAAAUGGGGUUAUUCUCAGUUACAGCAGGAUCAGGAUUAUCAGCACCAGCAAGCCAUAAUCUUCACCUUCUUUCUACUCAUCAUCAAAUUCAACCCUCAUCAUUUCCAACUGUAAACACUUCACUUUCUCCCCUUCUUUCUUCUGCUUCUGUCUCUUCACUUUUUACAAAAAGUUUAAGCACACCGAGUUCACUCACUUCUAGACUCGUUCCUAGGGUUUCUGCUUCUGUUGAUGUUCCAGAAAACAUCGGAGACAUUCUGGGGGAUGUCACCAUUUUCAAGGCUUCUGGCGAACCUGUUUUGUUCAAAGAUUUAUGGGAUCAAAACGAGGGAAUUGCGGUAGUGGCAUUGCUAAGGCACUUUGGGUGUUUUUGCUGCUGGGAGUUUGCUGCAGAUUUGAAAAAAGUUAAAGAUAAAUUUGACGCUGCGGGUGUUAAACUCAUUGCUGUUGGUGUUGGAAGUGCUAACAAGGCCCGCAUGCUUGGAGAACGGUUACCAUUUCCUAUGGAGUGCCUUUAUGCUGAUCCUGAGCGCAAGGCAUAUGAUGUAUUAGGAUUAUACUAUGGUUUGGGCCGGACAUUCUUUAAUCCUGCAAGUACAAAGGUUUUUUCAAGGUUUGAGUCCUUGAAGAAGGCUAUGGAGAACUAUACAAUUGAAGCUACCCCUGAUGACAGGAGUGGUGUAUUGCAACAGGGAGGAAUGUUUGUCUUCAAAGGGAAGGAGUUGCUGUAUGCUCGGAAAGACGAAGGGACAGGUGACCAUGCCCCAUUAGAUGAUGUCUUUAACGUAUGCUGCAACGUUCCAGCUGCGCAAAAAGCUUAGUAACUUAGAUGGCAGGCUAAUGCACUCAGCCAACACAUUACUGCAUUAGCUUAGCUUGUUUGAUCAAAUCCCGGGUUGCUGUUGCCCAAUCGCCAAAUCUCUUGCUAUACAAUCCGGUAAGCAAAAUUGCUUCAUUUACUAUGUAAAUAACAGGAUAUGAACAUUAUUUAAAUGUUACUUGUCUAUAUACUUAAAUUAUAAAUACAUAGUUGCUCAUUUCUUGAAUGCUUUGUGUAUUUACCUAGUUUCAUUGUCAGCUGUAAAAACUUGAAGGUUAAUGAAAUAAUUGGCUAUACAGUUUUUGCA